GCGGCCCGGGACACUCAUUCAGGGAGCCAGUCGGCCUUCCGGUACGGCUACUUCCGGCCCGGAAGAGCUGUGUCAGGGUGCUGGAAUAGGGCAAGAUGGCGGCCGCGGCGGUGAUUGAGUUCCAGAGAGCGCAAGAAAUGCUGGUGUCCGACCGGUCGGCGAGUAUAGACAUCCUGCAGUCUAUAGUGAAGCGAGAUAUUCAGGAGAGCGAUGAGGAGGCUUUACGUGUCAAAGAGCAAAGCAUCCUGGAGUUGGGUGGGCUUUUGGCCAAGACCGGACAAGCAGCAGAACUCGGCGGUCUCCUGAAAUAUGUGCGUCCGUUUCUGAACUCGAUCAGCAAAGCUAAAGCAGCCAGACUUGUGCGGUCCCUUUUGGAUUUGUUCUUGGAUAUGGAGGCAGCAACAGGACAGGAGGUGAAGUUGUGCUUGGAAUGCAUCGAAUGGGCAAAAGCUGAAAAAAGAACCUUUCUACGCCAGGCACUGGAGGCUCGGCUUGUAUCCCUCUACCUUGACACAAAACGUUAUCAAGAAGCAUUGCAGUUAGGUUCACAGCUUUUAAAAGAACUGAAAAAGAUGGAUGACAAGGCCCUCUUAGUGGAGGUUCAGCUACUGGAAAGCAAGACUUACCAUGCUCUGAGCAAUUUACCCAAAGCUCGAGCAGCACUGACUUCCGCCCGCACCACAGCCAACGCCAUCUACUGCCCACCCAAACUGCAGGCUGCUCUGGAUAUGCAGUCAGGUAUAAUCCACGCCGCAGAGGAGAAAGACUGGAAGACCGCUUAUUCUUAUUUUUAUGAGGCUUUUGAAGGGAACGAUUCCAUAGACAGCCCCAAGGCUAUAACAGCCCUGAAAUAUAUGUUGCUGUGCAAGAUCAUGCUGAAUACGCCAGAGGACGUUCAGGCUUUAGUGAGUGGAAAGCUGGCCUUGCGCUACGCCGGACGGCAGACCGAAGCACUGAAAUGCGUGGCACAGGCCAGUAAGAACCGCUCACUUGCCAAUUUUGAAAAGGCACUGACAGAUUAUAAGGCAGAGUUAAGGGAUGAUCCCAUUAUCAGCACACAUCUGGCCAAGCUUUAUGAUAACCUUCUAGAGCAGAACCUUAUCCGGGUGAUUGAGCCAUUCUCCAGAGUACAGAUUGAUCACAUAUCAAGUCUUAUCAAGCUCCCAAAGCCCGAGGUAGAACGCAAACUCUCCCAGAUGAUCCUAGAUAAGAAAUUUCAUGGAAUCCUGGAUCAAGGAGAAGGUGUCCUAAUAAUUUUUGAUGAACCGCCAGUAGAUAAAACGUACGAAGCUGCUUUGGAAACCAUCCAGAAUAUGAGCAAAGUGGUUGAUUCUCUGUACAACAAGGCCAAAAAACUUACAUAGAUCCUCCAGAGCGAGCAGCCCGUGACGGUAUCUCAUCGGCAGGAGCACGACACCUCUUUGGUGGGGUGGUUUAAUGGCGAAUUGCUGAGGGGAGCCCUUUGUUUUUCUUCCCUCUUUGUAACAUUUUUAUUUUCAUCCGCGCAGAUGCCCUCUUCCUUUGGUACCCCCAUUCUACUCCAGAUCCCCUAAAUAUCAUGGGGCUCACAUUGCAAACAGAGUGAUUGGCAACAUAAAAAAAAGAUGGGGUAGGAAACACAUACACACACAGAAUUGCUUGUUUUAUAGGACUUUCUGCACACACCUGAAGCAUUGUGGGACUUCAUCUCCCUCUUAAUCAACCCAUCAUCCCCAGGUCCUAGAGACCUCCUUCCCUCAUUUCCACAAUCAUGACCGAUGGGCAGAAUUCAUAAAGAUCACUAAGAAGCACUCGGUGAUGGCAGGAUUAUCGUCUCUAGGGGGGCACAAAAUGUAUAAUGGGGGGUGGAAGGAGACUGCUGCUUCUUUAACACAUUAAUGGAACAAAUACCUCGUUAUAAAAGGGAUGCAAUUAAUAUUUAUUAAUAAAUUAGCCCUUUCUCACCUAAAGUUACAAGCUUAUU